CCGGCGGGGCCGCGCGGGGAGAAAGACACUGGAAGGCGGCGGGGCGGAGAGAGGCGCGCGCGGGCCGCGGCCGAGCAGGAGGCUGCAAGGAGAGCCCGCGGGGGCCCUGGGAGCGCAGUUCCUCAGCCCCCGCAAAACAAUGUGUGGCGUGCUGCGGGGCGCAACUUGCCGGAGGCGGCGGGGGCGCGCCGAGCCCGCCUGAGACCGCGCCGCUGACCUUCUCCCCCCGCCGUCCGUUGGGCCCGAGCGCCCAGCUUCUCGCUCCCCAGCUCGCGGGGGCCGGGCCGAGCUGCAGGGCGGGGCCGCCCCUCCGUCGCUGCUGCCUCCUCCCCCACCCCCAGCCGCUGAGGAUGCGGACGGCCCCCGGCGGCGUCUAGCGGCCCCGGGCCCAGGCGCGAUGGUGCAGCAGCGGGGCGCGAGGGCCAAGCGGGACGGCGGGCCACCGCCCCCGGGGCCCGGGCCGGCCGAGGAGGGGGCGCGUGAGCCCGGCUGGUGCAAGACCCCGAGCGGCCACAUUAAGAGACCGAUGAACGCGUUCAUGGUGUGGUCGCAGCACGAACGGCGGAAGAUCAUGGACCAGUGGCCCGACAUGCACAACGCCGAGAUCUCCAAGCGCCUGGGCCGCCGCUGGCAGCUGCUGCAGGACUCGGAGAAGAUCCCGUUCGUGCGGGAGGCGGAGCGGCUGCGCCUCAAGCACAUGGCGGAUUACCCGGACUACAAGUACCGGCCGCGCAAAAAGAGCAAGGGGGCGCCCGCCAAGGCGCGGCCCCGCCCCCCCGGCGGCGGCGGCAGCCGGCUCAAGCCCGGGCCGCAGCUGCCUAGCCGCGGGGGCCGCCGAGCAGCGGGAGGGCCUUUGGGGGGCGGCGCGGCGGCGCCCGAGGACGACGACGAGGACGACGACGAGGAGCUGCUGGAAGUGCGCCUGGUCGAGACCCCCGGGCGGGAGCUGUGGAGGAUGGUCCCGGCGGGGCGGGCCGCCCGGGGACAAGCGGAGCGUUCCCAGGGGCCGUCGGGCGAGGGGGCGGCUGUCACCGCCGCCUCCCCGACUCCGUCGGAGGACGAGGAGCCGGAGGAAGAGGAGGAGGAGGUGGCGGCGACGGAGGAAGGCGAAGAGGAGACGGUGGCGUCGGGGGAGGAGCCGCUGGGCUUUCUGUCCAGACUGCCCCCCGGCCCCGCCGGCCUGGACUGCAGCGCCCUGGACCGCGACCCAGACCUGCCGCCCCCCUCGGGCACGUCGCACUUCGAGUUCCCGGACUACUGCACCCCCGAGGUUACCGAGAUGAUCGCAGGGGACUGGCGCCCGUCUAGCAUCGCCGACCUGGUUUUCACCUACUGAGCCCACCGUCAGCGGGGCGCGCACGCCCCCAAACCAGCUGUUUACAUACAGGAAUCAGGUAUUGGGGCCCCUCGGAGGCCGAGGCUGGCACCCCAUCUCCCGCACAGCCUCCCCCCUCCUAGACGUGCCCAACCCCCUUCAAAUCCAGACAUGCCCUUCCCCCGCAGACACACCCCAAGGCAGCCCAACCCCCACCCUUUCUCCGACAUCCAAGCCCCUCCCCAUCUUACCCCCUCCCGCACAGCCACCAGCAGCCAGCCCCCCCCCCCCCUCCGAUACACCUCCCGUCCUCUCCAAGAGACCUGUACCCCUCCCCCAUUUUGCACACGCCCCUCCUCACGGCCGGAGGACACGCCCCUGCCCUUGCUCCGGACUCCCUCCGCCUUAGCCUGGCCCGCCUCCUGUCUUGUUUGGGGGGGCGCUGCAGCUGGGCGGCCCCGCGCCCUCCUCCCUUGCCCCUCCCUCCCAGGGAGGGGGAGGGGCCCGUUCCUUUUCCCCGGGAACACUGGGAUCCGCCCCCUUCUCGCGCAUGCUUAAUGCUUCUUGGGAGGAGGGAGCUGGUCCCAGUCGAACCUCACGCCCCUGUCAGCCGAUCCGGGAAGAAGGGGGGCGGAUAUAGAGCGAUCCUGAGAAAUCUUUUGAUCCAGGAGCCACGGCUUCCGUUCAACCCGACGGGGCGUCACUGCCUUAAAUGGGAGGAGCACUCGGAAGGGGGAGAAAGAGACUAGCCGGCCCGGAAGGGUUGGUGUGGAGCUUGGAACUCCCAAGUGGCAUAGCCCCUUAUCCCUUACGGGGUUGCCCAACCCACGUGCACCCACCCCUCACCGACUGCAUGACUGCCUCUACAGCUUGUCUUGGUUCCAAGAAGCCAACCUUUCUUUCCCCCGCCUGGGAAUUGGGGGCAGGGUCUUUCUCUGGAAAUCCUUCA